AUGGUGAAUAUUCGCAAAAGGUCUUAUGUGCCUAAGCAGUCUGAAGAUGCACCUAAUGCCAUCACUUCUUGGCCUUCUCCAGGAGAGACCACCAGUAGGUUGCAGGAGUCUUUAUGUUCUGAGGCGGUGCUUGAAGUCAGGGAGUUUGCUGCUCCUGUUUCUCCUGUUGUGCAUGCACAUCGAGCUUCUGAGGCCACUAAACCCUCAGAGCCAGUUACAGUCAAGAGGCUCCCUUCUGAUCCCCCAGGUCAUUCUCCCUCUGUUCAUCCUUCUCGAUCGAAACUACCUACUUCGCAACCGGAUGCCGUGCCUGCACACAUUUCUAAAAUUGCUACUGCUGCACGUGAGGAACAGACUGAUGGUUCUCAAAAUGAUGAUCAAUGUGCUUCUUUUAACCAGACUGAGAUACCUCCUGAAGACAUUCCUCCUUCUACUGAUGAUCCCAUUGCACCAUCUUCUGAAGGAAGGCCAGAGUAUCCUAAAGGUCCUAAACCCCCAAAAAGAAAAACUCAACAGGCUAGGAAAAUUGUUACCACAAAAACUGACAGAAAGAAAAUCUCUGUAAAUGUUCCAUCUGUUCCCAUUGAUGGAAUUUCUUUUCAUCACGAGGAAAGCGUUCAAUGCUGGAAGUUUGUGAUGCAGAGGAGAAUUGUCGAUGAGGUAAAUAUAUCUGACAAACACCAAUCCUGCAUGAGUAUCAUGGACCUUAUUCAUAAGGCUGGUUUGGAAAAAACUAUCUCGAAUGUUGGUCCUUUUUAUCCCCAGUUAAUUAGAGAAUUUAUUGUCAAUCUGCCUGAUGAGUUUACUGAUCCGAGUAGUGCUGGCUAUCAGACGGUGCACAUUACAGGGUUCAAAUUUGUGAUUUCAUCUGAUGUGAUAAAUGGCUUUCUUGGAAAUACUGUUGAUAUUGACUCCUCUCCAUCAUGUCCUACUACUGAGGUUCUAGCUACUGUCUUAUUUGGAGGGACCUUGUCGACAUGGCCUGUGAAAGAAAUCCCUGCAGCUACUCUCAACGUCAACGAUGCCAUUCUGCAUAAAAUUGACAUUGCCAAUUGGUUCCCUUCCUCACAUGCCUCAAGCAUAUCUGCUACCUUAGGUACAUUCUUGUAUCAAAUUUGUAAUGAUGAUAAAGUAGAUACGGGUGCCUUCAUUUACAAUCACCUGUUGAGGCAUGUUGGGUCGUUUGGGGUCAAGGUUCCAAUUUCUUUUCCGAGGUUGCUCUCUAGUCUGCUACUUCACCUAAAUGAAGCGGUGCUUACUGCAUCUAAUGCUUCUGGACCUGAACCUAAGACAAUUGCACUUAGCUACAGACUCUUCCAAGGCAGUCAUGUGCCUGAUAUUGACCAUGAUGUGCAUCCAACUUGGGGCCCACGUAUCUUUGACACUAUUGACUGGGAUGACUCUGCUGAAGGCUUCUGUGUGGAUCGUGAGUUAGCUACACGCACUAUUAAUUCCUUGACUGCUGAAUCUCGUGCUCUAACUAACUUCAUCACUUUGUUGUCUGAACGUUGA